UUUUAAUUUGUUUUGAUUGCGGGUUUCUCCUGUUGCAGCGCGCUGACGUCAGGCCUCACGUGAUCUGAGAGUGCGGAAGUUUUGAUCCUGAAAGACAGAGCGCUUUCAAGCAGCUGAACGCUUGCGCUUUUGGCAAAUAAAUGGUCAGGAUGACUCAGAAGCGUUACCUGGAGGGACAGGUGUACUCUGUCCCGCUCAUCCAGCCGGAUCUGAGGAGAGAAGAGGCUGUGCAUCAGAUCACUGAUGCGUUACAGUACCUGGAGACAAUAUCAACAGACAUCUUUAUGAGGGUGUCUCAGAGCGUGGAGAAGAACCGUGCACACCUUCAGACUGUCACAGACCGGAUCAAACUGGCUCAGGCCAGAGUCCAGAAGAUCAAAGGAAGCAAGAAAGCCACAAAGGUGUUCUCCAGUGCCAAAUACCCUGCUCCAGAUAAAUUGCAGGAAUAUUCGUCCAUCUUUACAGGUGCAGUAGAUCCCGCCUCCCAAAAGCGGCCUCGCUUUAAAGUUCAGAGCAAGCUCCGCCCACUGGAUGACAAGGCCCUCCAGGAGAAGCUGAUGUAUUUCCCAGUAUGUGUAAACACUAAGAAGCGCUCUGAGGAUGAGGCGAAGGAGGGUUUGGGAAGUCUGCCGAGAAAUGUCAACUCAGUCAGCUCCUUAUUGCUGUUCAACACAACAGAGAACCUCUAUAAGAAAUAUGUGUUCCUUGACCCUCUUGCGGGCGCUGUGACUAAAACACACACCAUGCUAGAGACUGAAAAGGAGGAUAAACCGUUUGAUGCACCGCUGUCGAUCACCAAGAGAGAGCAGCUAGAGAGACAGACUGCAGAGAAUUAUUUCUAUGUGCCAGACCUGGGGCAAGUGCCUGAGAUCGAUGUGCCGUCUUACCUGCCUGACUUACCUGGCAUCGCUGAUGACCUCAUGUACAGCGCUGACCUCGGCCCAGGGUUCGCACCAUCUGUUCCUUCCAGCAACAGCAUCCCUGAACUUCCUUCAUUUGGCACGGAGCAUGACGAAUCUAGUGGAUCUGACUCUCAUUUCAGGCUUGAGGCUCCGCCCCCUCCACCCCCUCCUCCUCCAGAGGCGAAUCAGGUAUCAGUCCCACCCCCUGGAACUUCCCCAGCUCCGCCCCCUCCACCCCCACCUCCACCUAUCACAGCAGACAGCACUGAUGUCAUGUCAAAUCAAGCCCCUCCCACAGGUGUAGUGAAAGGAGCCCCUACUGAGGUGUUGCAGCCGUCGGACGGCCGAGCCAGUCUGCUGGAGUCAAUCCGAAACGCCGGCGGUAUCGGCAAAGCAAACCUACGCAAUGUAAAAGGGCGCAAGAAAAAACAGAAGGAGCAAGAGCAAGUUGGGGCAGCGGUGAGCGGUGGAAACCUAAUGUCUGACCUCUUCAAUAAAUUGGCAAUGCGCAGGAAAGGUAUCUCUGGGAAGGGCCCGGCGGGUGGAGACUCAUCUGAAGCUCCUGCCGGUGCAUUCGCCAGGAUGUCAGAUGUGAUCCCGCCCCUUCCUGUGCCACAGCAACCCACUGCAGACGAUGAGGAUGACUGGGAGGCGUAAACAUGGCGACAGAGUUGAGUGCGAAACUCAGGAUUGGAGAGUUGAAAUCCUCAUAGACAGGGUCUGGAGAUAUUGCCUCUCUAAGGAGAGCUGUGAAGUGUCGAGUGAGACGUCUGGUCUCUUGUUUUGUAACCUGUAGGUCAGUGAAUGAACACAAGUGUAAGAGGAUGUGUUCUAUGUGUCAUGAAAACCCUUAUAGUCUGAAAGAUUCUAUUAUUAAAGUCAACAUGACAUCGAAAAAAUUCACUAUUUAUAUUCUUCAUUCACAUUUUUGCUCAUCUGUGUAUGAUUCAUGAGUGCAAAUGAUUUCAAAAUGACUUUGACUUUCUAACAAAUUUAAUAACUUUAAUAUUUUUGUAAUAUUAAACUAUAUAAUACUACUGCAAUGAUACUAUUAUACUGUAAAAUAAAUAACAAAUACAUAAGUAGAAUUUACAGAACAACAGAAAAGUUACAGUAUUAAUAAUUAAAUUUCUAUACAAUACUUAAUUUCUUGGCUUUCAAAUGUUAAACUAGAGAGCUUCAACUUUUUCCAUUACAAAUAUAAAAAUCUGUAUAAAUAUGGAAAAAUCCUAUCUCUGAUGCAUACUGUACAUAAUAUGCACAGGCUUCCUGGAUGAGCUACAGUAUGCAGCAGGGCACAUGGUAUCCCAUAAUGCAAUGUGCUUGACUGUACCUUCCAUCUCCAUUAUGAUUAAUCAACAUCAGCUGCCAUUUAUAACAUCAUUUUGGAUUAAUAUUUAACAGACCAGCAAAAGUUAAGA